GUCAUCAGUAGACAGCAGACUUGUCAAUCGAAAAGUUGCACUGUCCUUUGAUAAAUCUAUUUGCUCUCCUUGUCUUCUUUUGUCCUUGUCCUUCUUCUCUUCCACCUACUCUCUCCCCUCUCCCCUCCUCCAAGGAAAUUCAAGCCGAGAAAGCUCGAUCUUUCUUCGUGGACCCUUUCUUUCCUUUACCCCAAAGAGAAACCUUGAAAGGAUUAGCCCCCCCGGAGCCCCCCUCAUACCUAAUACCUAACACCUACCUCCCAGGUACCUAAGCUUGCCAUCAAAAAUUGAUUCUUGGUCUGUUCCCCACCACAAGGCCAAUGAGGAAAGCUUUCCCAACACUCUUACUCGAAUCUCACGCUCACCCUCACGCUCACCCUCACCCUCACGCUCACUCACACUCUCUUCCAAUAUCUUUCUUUGAUUCGGAAUAAUACAUUCAUUCGUUCACUCAAUUUAAUGUUCCUCAAAUCAUUGAUUCCUUCUUCCUUUCGAAUAAGGAUCAUGGAGGAGUGAGAAAAGUCUUCGCCCUUUGUUACCUCACGUAUAUUAUUUUUUUCCAAUCUCUCUCAAACAACCUGCAUCCUAUCGACGAGUCGUACCUUUCUGGAGGAAGUAAACAAAUACUAGGUUGAUAUCACACGGAAUACAUCAUUGAGCUAUCGGUCACACAGCUAUCUAAUAACGCCGAAUCGCAAAAAAAAUCUAUCAUUUUGUACAUAUUUGAUACUGGAAUCCUCGAUACUCAAUGGUCAAUACUUUAUAUCCUCACUAAAUUCCCUCGGGAUCUCUUCUCACGAAUCUUCUUUUUCAAUUAAUUUCUUUUGGCACUCAUGCUUGCGAUUCAACGUCUUAAUAUGGGUUCGUCGAAGCCACCCGAACUUGAUAUGCCAUUUGGCUAUGCAUUUGAUUCAAAUUCCACUUUUCCUUUCCCUUCACCUACAGCGCCAGCACCAGGUCCGCCAUUACUCGAUGAUAGCGAAUCCAACCUUCUCGAUACUUUCUUUGACGGAGUAAGCUCUGAUCAUUUUAAUUACGACUUCUUCCCAAAUACACAAGAUGGAGGAGAGCUUGGAGGAGGGUGGGAAGAAUUACCCCCGGCAUUUAUGGGAACGAGGGUUACUUUUGAUCAACAACCUCAACUUUCGAAUCCAACGUCCUUGAAUUUCGGUGAUAGGAAUACCGGAAUGCAUCCACCAUUCUCUCAAGCACCUUUGUCACAUUUGCCACCUUCGACUGAAUCCGCAGAUGUUUUAGCAGCUGCUACCGUGUUACAAAACGGAUCAAAUGCUCGAUCGCAUAGUUUAAGCAGUGAAACUUUAUUUGGAAAUCAUGGCUUACCAUCGCAUCCGGGAAAUCAUCACGUCAGACCACAAUCCAUGUCGCAUUAUCCUACUCCAACAUCAGGACUGGACAGACCUCGAGAUGGAUUUAUGCGCGAUACUUUAUAUACCGAAAUGAUGUUUGGACCAAACCAUGCUGGCCCAGACUUGAUGAGAAGACCAAAACCCGUUCCUCAAAAAGUCGACAUAAGAUGGGGUUCUGAUGCAGGAUUUGGAUCACCACAAGGAUUUGUUCCACCACCAAAUGUAGCAAAAGUCGACGAAGCGGAACGACAAAGAUUGCAGGCAUUCGAUGGAUUUAUUGGAGCAGCUCUAUGUGCGGAAAGUAGUGCGGAAAACACGAGACCGAACAGUCCGACAAUGCAAAAGAACAUACCACCGCAACGACGGCAAAGCUCGGGAGUUGUCAAGGAAGAAGAUACGGAGCCACCAAAGAAGCGACGAAAGAGUAAAUUUAGUCCUGUUGAAGAUGCGGGAGAAGACGAUGAGGAACCACAGCCUAAAGUGGACGGUAGGAAGAAGAGGAAAUCCGUGGUGAAAGUUAGUGGGAGUUCCCCAGGACCAUCGGAAGCAGGUCACAAACGACGAAAAUCUACUUCGGCUGCGGCAAAAUCUACCAGAGAAAAUUUAACAGAAGAUCAAAAGAGAGAGAAUCAUAUCAAGAGUGAACAAAAACGAAGGACUUUAAUUCGAGAAGGCUUUGAGGAUUUAGGGGAAUUAGUACCAGGGCUAAGAGGUGGUGGGUUCAGUAAGAGUGCGAUCUUGGUAAUGACGGCCGAUUGGUUAGAGGAGUUAAUGCAAGGAAAUGAAGCUCUACGGAAUAAGAUCGAUACUGCGAAAGGCAGAUGAGAUUGAGGGACGAGUCAUUGAUCACUGUUCUUGCGCAUGAUCAUUCCCACAGUAAAAUCCUGGAAAGGGGCCAUCAAAUUUCGACAGCAAACUGAUCCGAAUUCCUGGAGUGAAAAUGGGAGGGCAUGUAGUGUCCAUGGAGUUUGGUGUUUGGUUCUAUGGGCGGAAUUCAGAGACCGUACGCAAUGAGUAGCUUCCAGUCUCUCUAGCAUACAGGGUUUGAGGCGAAAUAAAGAUACCACGUGGAAAUGAUGGACAUAUCAUACCAGAUCUGCAAUCAUCUUGUGGAAAAGGAAAUGAAUUUAAUUGGUAGUAAGGACUACCUAGUUGGUUAUCAAUGAGGGAAUAAGCACACACUGCACAGUAGCAGUAUAGCAAUGAAUUAUAAAAGUUCGAUCAGAUUAAAUUAGGGCUUAAACGUAUACAUUCUCAUUGAUUAUGCUCUGUAUGGAAACUCAAGUUGAG